AAUCAGCGUGAAGCGUGCACCAGCUGCCAUAUUGUAACUUGUGCUGCAGUCCGCCUGGCAAAUUUUCAAGCUUAGCUGCUGUAGAAAUCUGUGAUAUAGCAAGAAAACAACGUAGACCCGUUUAAACUUUGCUAUACAAUGAACACAGGCCUCUUCGUAGGCGCAGCGAGGAGAGCAUGCGCGCAGACCUUCAGACGAACUCUGCCCAGUUUCACGGUGCAGUACUGCCAGUCCACACAGCCUGUCCCUGCAGCCAGACUUCCUUAUAGGAUCAAGGUGUCCGCUGGGAAGCGCUACGCUUGGUGCGCCUGUGGACACAGCAAGAAGCAGCCUUUCUGUGAUGGAACUCACAGGUCUAAAGCACCAGGCAUCUCUCCCGUGUUCUUCACACCUGAGAAAGACAAGGCUUUCAUGUUGUGUGCCUGUAAGCAAACCAAAAACGCGCCGUACUGUGACGGCUCGCAUUUUAAAGUCAUCUUCCAGGAUGUAGUAAAGUCAGUGAAAGGCAUCUUCAAAUGAACAGUUUUAAGAUGCCUGUAUUUUAUGAAGAUAAUCGGGACGAUUUAAGCCAUUUAAUGUAUCGAAGCAAAUAAUUUGCCAUUGAUAUUUAACAUGCACAUUCACGUGUUUGCCUUCUUUAGGAAACUGUCUAAAUGUAUUGCAUUCAUUUAUCAUCUUUGCUUGUUGGUGAUAUUGUAUCUGUAUAAUACUUUUUAUAUGCCAGAUGCAGUGUUUUUGUUAUCUACAUCAUACAAUAAAAUGUAUUGAAAUAA